ACAGAAAUGGAGGAUUCAGGAAAUUGAAACUGAUAGAAUUAUACAGCUAGUGUGAAGGUGCAGUAUGACCAUGGUGGAAGAAAAUGAACAAAACCCUCAAAGAGGUCAGUCAACAGAGAACAGAAGAUCUGUACUGUCACUACCCACAGUCCUGUGUGUACUGGGUGUGCUUGUGACAGCUGCUGCAGUGCGGUAUCAGGUUUUCAAGGAGCAAAAGGAGCAAAGGAGUAAUUCUUCAAACCAUGCAGCAGAGCAAACACUCCAGCAGGUGGAUUAUUUCAAUGAGGAGCUUCGGAUUCUGCUGGUGGGAAAGACUGGCGUGGGGAAGAGUGCUACAGGAAACACCAUCCUGAGUAAACAGGCUUUUAAAUCAGAGAUCUCCUCCUCAUCUGUAACUGCACAGUGUGAUAAAGCCUCCGGGAAUGUAAACGCACGAAAAGUGUCUGUUAUCGACUCUCCAGGUCUGUUUGACACUCAGUUAACUCCAGAUGAAGUAGAGAAUCGCAUAAAGGCGUGUAUUCCAUUCUCUGCUCCUGGUCCUCAUGUCUUUCUGGUUGUUAUUCAGUUGGGUAGAUUUACAGAGGAAGAAGAAAAAACUGUUCAGAUAUUUCAGGACAUUUUUGGUAAGGAGUCUUCCACCUACACCAUGGCUCUGUUUACUCACGGAGAUAAACUGAAAGGUAAAAGUAUUCAUCAGUUUAUACGUAACAACACCAACCUUUUAAAUUUCAUUAUGAAAUGUUCAGGCCGAUACCAUGUGUUCAAUAAUGAAGAUCAGAACCCAGAGCAAGUCGUCCAGCUUCUAGAUCAGAUCGAUAAGAUGGUCACUGGAAAUGGAGGAGGACAUUACACCACAGAGAUGCUUCAGGAGGCCGAGAGAGCGAUCGAGGAGGAGAAAGAGAGAAUCCUGAAAGAAAAUGAAGAACAAAGACAGAAAGAGAUCGAAGAGCUGAGAAAAACAUUAGAAGGAGAAGCACUGGAGAAAGCCCGGAAGGAAUUACAGGAGAAACAAGAAAGAGAGGCAAGAGAACGAGCUGAGAGAAGCCCCUCAUUAUUUCAAAAAAUAGGCAAAUUUAUUUCAUCAAUUUUUAGAGCUAUUUUUAGUUAAUGUUAAAACUUAAUGCUUUAAACAGCACAAACUGCAGAUUUAUGUUUGUACAUUAAACAUUUAGUCACUUAUUUACAUACUUGUUUCAUUUAUUAUUUUUUUAUUUCAGUAGACAUAAUCACAGUAGUACAGCUGGUUGAGUGGCUUCCACACGGCAACAUGGAUCCUGGAAACACGGGUUAGUUUCUCCAUUCCAGUCAAUGUCUGUGUGGAGUUUUGCAUUUUCUCCCUGCGUCUGCAUGUGCGUCGUCUGCAGAAUCAGUUCCAGUGUGCAGGGAAGCUGUGUUUGAGACUUGAUGUGGGCCAACAUUUUACUAAGACACUCUUUUGUUUUUUUUUGUUUUUUGUUCUUUUGCUUUUGGCAUAGAUAGUGAUGAGAAAUAGCCACUGUUGUGCUUGCUAUAAUGUGUACUUAUUGUGUAUUUAUUUAUGUCAUGUUUACAUUACAUGUAUUUUGACUUUAUACCUUUCAAAUCAAACCAAAAACAUUCAUAAGCAUUUAUUUAUUUAUUUAUUAGGAUUUUAACGUCAUGUUUUUACACUCUUUGUUUACAUUCAUGACAGACACACGGUAGUUACUCGUUACACAAGGUUCAUCACUUCUCAAGGUUAUAUCGAACACAGUCAUGGACAAUUUUGUAUCUCCAAUUCACCUCACUUGCAUGUUUUUGGACUGUGGGAGGAAACCGGAGCACCCGGAGUAAACCCACGCAGGCACAGGGAGAACAUGCAAACUCCACACAGAAAGGACCCGGACCGCCCCACCUUAAACAGGAAGUUCAUACUUGAAAGCCCUCAAAUGUAGCAGAAUUAAAACAAUACUGCAAAGAAGAGUGAACCAGAAUUUCU